GCCCAUAUCAUAAAUCACUUUAGCGAUAACGGAAAAGGUACCAGACAGCCAGCUAACCUUUUGGCCAUUUUUUUCCCCUUUUUCUCUUCAUCUCUCUCCUUCUCUUACAACCUUCCAGUCUUCCCAUCUCAAAUCUUGCCGCUAUUCUGCUUUUCUUGGAAUUUGAUGAAUUAGCUGAAAUUUUAAAAGGAACUGUUGUUUUAUUUAAAGGGUUUGUGAAGGAAGUGUAGAGAAUGGCGUGUAAAGGGUUCUGGGAGUGCUUGUUGAAGCUCUUGAACUUCUUGUUGACCCUUGUUGGUUUGGCAAUGGUGGGGUAUGGUAUUUACCUCUUUGUUGAGUACAAAAAUCAUUCGUCCUCUGGGGAUGAUUACCCGGUUGCACCAACAAGUAGUGCUGAAGUGAUAGAGUUCGGUCGUCCAAUGCUGAUCGCUGUAUCGUUGGCUGACAACAUCUUUGAUAAACUUCCAAAAGCUUGGUUCAUAUACUUAUUCAUUGGUAUUGGAGCGGUUCUUGUCGUUGUAUCUUGCUGUGGUUGCAUUGGAGCGGCAACAAGGAACGGAUGCUGCCUGAGUUGUUACUCUGUGCUGCUUUUCUUGUUGAUCUUGGUAGAGCUAGGUGCUGCUGGUUUUAUAUUCUUUGACAAAAGCUGGAGAGAGGAAAUUCCAAGUGACAAAACGGGUAACUUUGAUACGAUCUAUGACUUUCUGGAGGACCACUGGAAGAUUAUCAAAUGGGUUGCCCUUGGGGCAGUUAUUUUGGAGGCUCUUAUAUUCUUAUUGGCCCUCGUUGUAAGGGCAGCGAACAGACCAGCAGACUAUGAUAGUGAUGAUGAGUACAUAGGUGGUCCCAGACAACAAAUCCGACAGCCACUGAUCAACAAUAGGCCACCAAAUCCUGCAACUGGCGUCCCUGUUGCUGGUACCCUUGAUAAUCGUCCAAGUAGAAAUGAUGCAUGGAGUACACGCAUGAGGGAAAAG